AUGAACUCUCCCUCGCAACAGGGCCUUGACGCAGGUUUAAGCCUUGAAGAACCCAAGAACACUCGUCCCAGCACUGUACAUAUUCCUCGGUCUCCUAGAUCGUCAGGGGUUAAGAAUAAUGUCGACUUGGAUUGCAUGGAUGGCUUCUACAACGACAUGGGAUUAAGUGCUAACCUCCCAUUCAACCCUAGGGAAAUGCAACUUUCACAUCUGAUAACGGAUGUUGCAUACAGUCAUUCGGAAACCAGCCCUUCGGCCCCUUCCCCAGCUGAUGAGCUCUCACUCAGGACACACUUGGCUCCGUCCCAUUCAGCAAGCAAUAAGGGAGUGCGGAAUGGAGAUAUUCAUACAAACAGCUACACAAAAUCGCAUAGCCAAUUGCCUCCGCAUAUCCUAGAUCCAAUAUUCGACGAUCUCGAUUUCUUUAGAAUCAUACCAUAUCCAGAGUCCAACGAAUUUACGAACGCAACUUCUACCCAUGAGCUGCCUGUCGACAAAGCUUAUCCAUAUAACAAUAUGGGCUCUCAAGAAAUCGAGGUGGAGAUGUACAGCCCACAAUCCAGGAGCGAUAAUCUACAAAUGUCUAAACUUUCUAGCCAAAUCAACGGCCCAGAGUCUCAAGGAUCGGUCUGCUCAGCUGACCAUUUCUCGUCUCCGAAAAAGACAGGGAGAAACACCACACCGUCUUUAGUACUGAACGAUCGUAUACGACAAUUACUGUUGGAAGACCUUGAGAAGCAUUUGAGUUCGGGCCAGAGUAAAACUUUAAAGUUACCGUCCACUAGUCUUCUUCAAAGAUUCCUAUCGAGCUAUCAGUCUUGCUUCCACCAGCAUUAUCCCAUUCUCCACCUUGCUUCCUUGGACCUCGAACAAGUGCCUAGUCCUCUCAUCCUUGCCAUAUGUGCUAUAGGUGCUCUAUAUCGCCUCGAACGAAAGCAUUCUGCAUCUCUUCAGCAGUGGGCGGACAAAGCCAUCCGUUCGAUAAGCAACUUUAAUCCGUCGACGUACAAGUCCUCACCUUCGCCAAUAUGGGUGGUUCAAUGUAAGUUCCUGUUGGCUUUCGCAAGAGCAUUCAGCGGGAUCCCUGCUGUUGUCAGGACUGCGCUUGAAUCACUAGAGUAUCUGUCAAUGGAAUAUACCAUCCGAAGGAUCGAUCUUGAGAAGACUCGCAAUCCUGUGCAGGCUCUGUCCUGGGCCAACUGGGUAGAAAUUGAAACUUCGAAAAGGCUUCUUUGUGGGAUCUUUGUUUUAAACAGUCUCGUCACCAUAACUCACAAUACAACGCCGCGAAUCAACAUGCUUCCUGAUGCAGAUAUCGAGAUGCCCCAUGAAGAGGCUCUCUGGGAAGCUUCGUCAUCGAAGCAAUGGCUAGAGCUCGUGGCAUCUCGAACUAAGGCGACAUCACUUCGAGUCAUUGAUGCUGUAAAUCAUGUGCUAUUUAAGCAACAGAUCAGAUCUCAAGAUGCGGCACUAGCCUGGUCAACUUUUGCCACAACUAUCGUAAUUCAAGCAGUCAACCUACACAUAUAUCACCUGGUCCAAUGCACACAGGCUUUUGCCUUAUUCGAUCUCGAUCAUGUUUCUCAGAGGAUGCGUGCGGCGGCCAUGCAACAGGCUGAAUCCGCGCUUGAACGAUGUCAGAAUUUGUUCGCCGAUCGCCAUUUAGAACAAGAGCAAGCUCUCGAUGACCCUGGAGGAUCCCGCCGGUCAAACGGCCAUGCUCUAUUACGAGUAGCAUACGUUAGAACGUGUGGUGGAAUGGAAACGUUGAACCGUUUGAUUCUUCUGAGCGACACUUUCGAAGACACGGCGAGGGAUAUCCACACAUAUAUCUGCAGUGACCAGAAUCGGACAGCGCUGGUAACGAAUACUGCUCGUAAAGCACUUGAUGGACUAUUUACCUCAGUGAACGCUGGGAAACUGCUAGUUAUGAAAACGGCGGCCUUCAAGUGGAGUAUCGACCAUGCAAUAGCUGAUUGGAACUGCGCGCUUUUUGUGACCCGAUGGAUUCACAAGUUGGAAUGCCAGCAGCAUUCUCACCCUCUAGAUCUCGAAGAGCGGCAAAUUCUCGAAGACGUCAUAGACCUUCUUUCCAGCGCGGACAUUAGCUUUGAUGGUAGCACUUCGUUAGCAGCUAAAGUGAUAAGGCUAUGGGCUGACUUCUUCGAUGAUACGUGGGUCUGGGGAAUUACUCCGCGAAUGGGUGCCGUAAUGCGGGUCAUGGCUACUGUUUGUGAAAGCGAUCGAAAAGCUCAUCGUGCGCCAGCUUACUAA